UGUGCUGCGGAAGCGCUUACUGCUGGUGUGUUCCACUAACCUCAGUGGAGCGCCAGCGCAGUAUACCCCGGGAACCAGACCAGCCUGUGUGAAUGGUGGAGUCCGUCACUGGUUAGCCGUCUCUGCACAGAUACCGAGAUACCGCACGCUCUACGUUUGCGAGACAACAAUCGUUACCUGGCUGUCCCUGGAGCUGCAGACUUGUCAUGUCGAGCGAAUAUCAGAAUAGUAAUGGUGGAACUGUCAACGUGGCCAUGUUUGGCCUUGGCCGUAUCGGCAAGGUACAUCUUCGGAGCCUGCUGGACCAAGAGGAUGUCUGCAUCCGCUACCUCGUGGACGUCACGGCGGCACAAGGGGACCUGCAUCACCUGGUGAGGAAGUAUCGUUUAGCAGAGACGACGACGGUGUUGAGCACAGAAGAGGCCGACGUUGUUUACAAGGAUCCCUGCAUAGAUGCUGUUUUCAUAUGCACGCCCUCGCCAUUUCACGAAGAACCAACACAGAAGGCUCUCCAGGCAGGGAAGCACGUGUUCUGCGAGAAGCCCUUGGCACUGACCGAGCAAGGCGUUCGGUCCUGCUAUGACGCUGCAAGGAAGGGCGGCAAGAAUCUCCUCUGUGCCUUCAACAGGCGAUUUGACCCUGACCUCAGCCGGAUCCACAAGAUGAAGGAAGAUGGCGAACUCGGCCGUCUUCGAAGCGUCACUGUGUUCAGCCUGGACAAACACGUCCCGCUCAGCUACAUCAAAACAUCUGGCGGCAUAUAUGUGGACAGUUGUGUUCACAUGCUGGACUACGUGUGCUGGUUUGUUGGGGAGAGGCCGCUGUCGGUGUAUGUAUGUGGCAGCAACACCUCAACGUACGCCGACGACUACGAGGCCAGUGGCGACCAUGACAUCACCAACAUCGUACUCACCUUCCCAAGCGGGGUGCUGGCUAACAUGAUGGCGGGUCGGGAAGUCACAUACGGAUACGAUCAACACUUUCAGGUUCUGGGUUCAAAAAAGAUGGCAAUGUCCAAAAACUACAGGAAGUCGGAAGUAGAGACUUGGGAUACAAAUGGCAGUUUGGCUGUUGACUUGAUGGAGUCUUUCAUCGAGCGGUGGAGCUCAAGCUAUACCAGGAUUGUACGGCACUUCAUCGAUGUUGUUCACGGGCGUGAGGAGUGCAUGGUGUCGGCGGAGGAGUGCAUGCAGAGUCUGGAGCUCGUAAAGCUGUGUGAGGAGUCUGUGAGGUCAGGCAAGGUCGUCAGUGUUGCCCCGAGACCUCUAACGUGAUGUUCACAGACACCUAUGAAUGUGAUCGCUGUUACCCGAAAUUAUGGCGACUGUAUCGUAAGCAUCUAUGCAAUAAACAAACUUACAAUAAAAUACAUAACAUGUU